AUGUUGGUCUUUGACAGACUAAAGUGUUUGUCAGCAUGAAGGAAUCUGGCUUGAUGGAGGAAUACUUCCCCCGGGCGACGGAGUUCCUUCCCGAGCGCUGGAUGAGGGACCAUCCGGAUCGUCUCAAUAACCAAUACGCCUCCAUACCCUUCUCUGUGGGCACCCGCAUGUGUGUGGGGAGGAGGCUCGCUGAACAGGAGCUUUACGUCUUCCUCGCUAGGCUGUUCUUGAAGUACAAUUUGGAAUACAAGUACAGUGAGUGGGAUCCAGUGUUGAAGCUUCUAUACAAACCUGACAAGCCACAAAACUUCACCAUGACUGAGCGUUGAUGAGCUCUCGUCCUCUCGUGUUUUACUGUUUUCAAAAUACACAAUUUUUGUUGUGUAUGCAGAGUGGCUCCGUGAAGAGUAUACUUUUUCAUAUAUAAAAUAAAAAUUUGUGGUUAAGCAAACACUUAAGUAUAUAUACCUAACAAGCAAACAUUUAAAUAUAUAUAUAUAUAUAUAUAUAUA